AUGAGUUACCAGCUGAAGAAGACGACCAGGAGCGAAGAAGCCGCGCAGCAGAGAGCGUCGUCUUCGGAAGAACAGCAGCAGGAAAAGAUAAAUGAGGUGCGGGGUCUCCUGGGCAAUCUGACGGAGGAGAUGCCGAGUUUUCUGUCGGACGCCACCAUCCGCCGUUUCCUCCGGGCGAGGAACUGGAGCGCAGAGCAAGCCACCAAGGGUCUCAAGGAGACUGUCAAGUGGAGGCGUGAGUACAGGCCGAAUGCAAUUUCCUGGGACGACAUUCCAGAAGUGGAGAACGAGGCCCGGAGGACACAUGUGGCCGACUACCUUGACAAGAAUGGAAGAAGUGUCCUCGUAUCAAACGUACCAAUGAACUCUAAAGUUUCAGCCAAGGAGCAAAUAAAGCACCUGGUGUAUCUCCUGGAGCAUUUCGCCACCAACUCGGCGGAUGAACAAGACGACUUCGUCGUUUGGCUGACCGACUUCCGAGGCUGGUCGAUAUCGAGCUCGCCGCUGUCGAUAACCCGCGAAUCCAUACACAUAAUCCAAAACUAUUAUCCGGGGGUGAUAGGCGUGGCGAUCCCUUUCGACCCUCCAAGGAUUUUUGAGUCUUUCUGGAAGAUAGCCAAGAACUUCGUGCAGCCAGACAUGAAAGAGAAAGUGAAGUUUGUGUAUGCAAACAAGCCGGAGAGCAUCAAGAUAAUGGCUGACAUCUUUGACUUGGAUACGCUGGAAUCUUCAUUUGGAGGAAGAAGCACCGGUACGGCCUUCGACAUCAACAAGUAUGCCGAGAGAAUGAGAAGAGCCGACAAGAUGAGAGGAGCAUCAAAAGAUUCAAAUGGUCACAAACCACAACUGAUCUCCCUGACCAAUAGUUUAGAAAAAUAUCUCCCUGGCCAAUGGCUCUGA